UCUUAGAGUUAAAGUUCGGCUGUCUUACACCCUAUGUGGAUAUUUUGCUCGAAUAACAGAUUGUUUGUAUAGAAUUCUUGCAGUCGCGACCAUAUGAUCCACGCAAUUUGCAAAACAACCAUUUUUUCCCUCCCUGCGACUCAGUCAAAUCCCACAUGAGCAGGGAAGAACACUUCAAUCCCCUUAUCUUUAUAUACAGAGAAAUAGAGAGGCCGGAGGAGAAGAAGCUCUCAAGCUAGACGUCUCACCAGCAUCUUCCUCCUCUUAUCUUUCUUCACCAACAACAAAUCCCAAUUCAAUGGCGGAUUUUAAGCCCAAUUAUGCCCCUCCAAUGGCCACCGGUUUUCCGGCCGGUGCUCCUCCGAUGCCAAUGCCCGGCUUCCCGCCUCAAGCUCCAGCUCAAUGGUCCACCGGCCUCUGUGAUUGCUUCGACGAUUGUAGCAGCUGUUGCCUGACUUUCUGUUGCCCCUGCAUCACCUUCGGCCGGAUUGCAGAGAUAGCUGAUCGCGGGUCAACAGCGUGCGGGACGGCUGGAGCGCUGUACGUGUUGAUCGCUGCAAUUACAGGGUGCCAGUGCUUAUAUUCAUGUGCCUAUCGCUCGAAAUUGCGCGCACUGUACGCGCUUCCUGAAAGCCCCUGUAAUGAUUGUCUUGUUCACUGCUGCUGCGAAGCAUGUGCUCUCUGCCAGGCUUAUCGUGAGCUACAGAAUCGCGGAUUUGACAUGAGCUUAGGAUGGCAUGGGAACAUGGAGAGGAUGCAGGGUGUCCAGAUGGUGCAGCCUCCACCGGUGCAAGGAGGAAUGAUGCGUUGAUAAACUAAUUUUUUCUCCCGUUUUGAUUGAGUUUUCGUCCAUGUCUGGUUCUUGUCUUGUGUCGCAGCUAGUUAUCUGGUCAUUUAUCACUUAGCCUAUAGUUUCCGAGAAGACUACAUAUAUAAUAAUGUUGUAUACUGAUUUAUGUGUGUGUGAGAAUUAAUGGAUGCCUUUGUAUAUUAUUUGAGAAUGGGCUCUUGUAUAUUAUUAUAUAUGCAUAC